AUGUCUUCUAUUAGCGAUGCGGCAAUUGUUGAAACCUUCAGAUAUCUUGAAAAUGGAGGUUGUGUAAUACAGAGGCCCAACCUGAAAUAUGAGCUUUUCUUACCUUACAUUCUGAAAUAUUACACACUCGAUGAAGUUUCUUUUUUAAAAGCAAAUUAUACUCAGGUUGAGUUAAUAAAGAAUAUUCUAACAACAAUAAACAGGGAUGAUUUGAUUAGAGACGUAGAAAGACAAAUAAGCCAAAACCAAACAUUAUUGGAUGUUAUAUCAGAGACUAAUUUUACGGGAUUUGUCCGACCUCGUAAUAUUAGCAAAAGCGAAGAUGUAAUUCGCGCCUUACCUCUCUUAAAUAAUUGUGAUGAUUUGAUUAGAUGUUUAGUCGCCAAUAACCCGCAAAUGUUUCAUAAGGUACUAUGUCUUGAAGGUAUUUUGUCACGAAAUCCUAAGUGGAUAACAUCGCAACAAAUACCGCAGAGUUUAAUAAACGAAUUAAAAACUGUCUUAUUUGGAACCUUGCGCAACUGUGUGAAUAAUGUACAACAGCCAUUAUCCCAUCAUCGAGCAAGACUGUGUAUAUUAAUGCGGAUAAUUUGCGGAUUCGUGCAUUUUUUCAAAGUAAACUUUGAUCCAAGCGAUUUAGAAGUUUGCUUAACAGUCAUAGAUCAUGCCGGAUCAGACAGGCUUAAGAAAUUAUGUUUAUGUUUUCUGCUAUUAUGUUCUGAAAUGUUGAUUAAAACGAACAGGUUAUUACUUGUAAGUUCCUUUGCCAGAAUAGUUAAUCCUCGUAAUACGCAGUUAUUCUUGAUAUUUGCUUACUUUUUCCGAGCAAAUCAACUCGAUCAAAUAUCAAAAAUGUGUGUUUCGACUUUGGCUAUGGAUGUUGAAAUAUCCGGUUAUGGAUUAGUUGAGUUAAGAAUCGCUACGAAGGAUACCCUUUUCUCUGAAGUAACAUUAGCUAAGAGUGCUUUGGAAAUAGAACCGGAUACUUUUGAUGGGUUGGGACUGGCAAAAGACCCGAGCGAUAUUGCUUUUAAUGUCGUUUACGUUAUGUUAAAAGGUGGAGUAUUUCAUAAAGGUAAGACAGACUUAAGACCUUGGAUAAUACGACAAAUAACGCAAGCGACAACUCCUAUCCACUCUCAGUUGGGACCCUUAAUUAAGACAUAUACUUCUUGCAUAUUCGAUUAUGGGAUUGCAUAUUCAGCUUAUCCAACUCCCAUGACAAAGAUUCCGGAACUUUAUAUCUUCACAUUUUUCCGAGAGAGAAUUGACAAAAUUUCUCCAGCGCAUGUUCUUUUAUUUUAUUAUGUUCUCCAAUUUAAUACAUUUGCAAGAGAACGAAAGUCGAUUGGAGGUCAAGCAUCAUUACAAAAAACAAUUUACUCUUCCAAUUUACCUUAUGCUUCGGAUCUUAUGGAAUCAAUUCCUGUUCGAAGAAUACUAAUUGAAGCGGAAAAAUGUGACAAUGGGCUGGCAUAUCGUAAUAUUUAUCCUGAACUUCUUGGGCUCGUUGCCUCAAAUUAUCCCGAAAUUUUUGACAUUGAAAACCUCCUGAUCGAAGAAGAUCGCUUGUCAAAGUCUUCGAGGCAGAAUCAAUCAGUUGUUAAAAAUUUUGUACAAUUAAUCAUUUCAAAUUUAACGGAAAACCCGGAAGUGUCUAUAUCUGCCUUGAAAACUUUGGAAUCUAUGGAACCGGAGGAUUUGUUAAUUCAUUGUAAUCAACUUAUACUAGAUUUAUUACCGAGAAUAAUUCAUCAGGGGAAUCCCAGAAUAAUACAAUCUGUCUACCAAAUUUGGUUAUCGCUUUAUAGUAUGAGUCCUCAUGAAGCAUCUCUAUUAUUUAUAAACGCAACUAGAGGACAAGAAGAUCAGGGAAUAAGAUUUACGGAAUUACAGCUUAUGAUGGAUCCAUUACUGGUUAUACGCUGUGAUCCUCAAGUCUUUAGAUGUCCCUCAAUUUUUAAAAUUUUUAUUAAAGUUUUAAAAUUUUUUAUGAAAGGUUCCCGAUCUAGGUUGAGUCGAUUGCAACAAGAUGAAAAUGAAUAUUUGAAGGAUCGGGUUACACCCGAAAAGAUGGAUAAAUUGAUACUAGUUCAAGAGAUUUCAUUGAUGAAAAUGUUACUUGAAGUUUGCGAAACUAAACUAAAAGAUAAUUCCGAUGUAUUGGAAGAAAUUAGAAACAUAACAUUUAGUUUUCUUCAUGAGCUAUUUAUCGAAAACACGAUGUUAUGUAAGGAGCUACAUUCUGAGGGUUAUUCGUUUGAAUUAAUACCUUUGACAACGCGAAAAAUUGAGUCAAUGCAUAUGUGUAUAAUUUUCGCGCCUGAAUUGAUUAAAGAUGAAACUAGUCCCAAAAGACAAUUGUUUGGACUAUUUUUGGGUAGUCAAUUAUGCGAAGUUUGGCCCAUGGAACAAACAUAUAAGCUUGCAAAAGAUCAUAUAAUAGAAAAAAUAAAAGAAAUUUCUUUUAAAACGAACGAGAAGAUAUUAUCUGAAGAGGCAAAGAAAGUUUUACCGAUUUUAGUCCUUAUUUUUAAUGUCUUCCCGAAUUUGCGCAGUGAGAUUGUGCGAAUAUUAAGAGCAUUAGAAGAGAAAUUUAAGCCACAUAAAGGGCAUGCUAUCACGUUCGGAAUGAAAAGGGGAUCGGAAAUAUUUAUUGCUCAAUUAUUAGAACAGGUUCGUGAGAAGCCCACAAGUUCAUCUAAAGUUAAGAAGAGAAAAAAAUCAGAGAAUUUUAAGGGUAGAAGUAUAACAUUUGAGAAAUGA